AUGCCUGCGACGAUUCUACCCUCUGUACAACAAAUUCUAAAUCGAUAUAUUAUGAGUACCAGUUUUGCCAUGGGUCUUAUUGGUAAUCUAUGCUGCAGCAUAGUUUUCUUCAAGAAUUCUAAUCCUCGCACAGCUUGUUCGAUCUAUUUUUUUGCAUUAUCCAUUUCUGCCAACGCGUAUCUUCUUUGGUCAGUUCCACUCAUUUUUUAUACUCUCGAUCACGUCGAUCCACAAACCAAAUCAUUAGUUUACUGCAAGAUGCGUAUCUACAUCAGCCAUGUACUCGGUCUCUACACCCGUUAUCUCAUUGUUCUUGCCUGUAUCGAUCUCUUUUUUAUUACGCGCUCAAAUGUUCGAAUGCGUUCAUGGAGUUCCACUAAAAUAGCAUACCUACUCACAGCAAUCGUGUGCGUAGGGUGCCCUACCGUUGCGUCUCAUUUUCCCGUUUUCAUGGAUCUACGUGGUAGUACUUGUGGAUUGUUCGAUUCCUAUAGAUACUUUUUCGGCAUCUAUCAGUUAGUACUGGUCUCUCUUUUGCCAUCCGUAUUGAUGGGCAUAUUCGGUAUCCUUGCUGUUCGCACUAUUCAUCAACGAGGAACCGCUUUGACCAGUGUGAGACGAAGGGAUCGUGAUUUGAUGCGCAUGAUAGUGGCUGAGAUUCUAAUAAAUAUCAUUGCGUCCAUUCCACUCUCAGCGAAUCUGAUUUACACUGCAGCAACAGUUUCUCUGGUGAAUAAAAGCGCAGAGCGCAUAGAAAUCGAUGCUUUUAUGAACUUUUUGGGUCAGUUCAUCAACCAAGGAAUAUUCAUUGCUCCGUUUUACCUGUUUAUCCUGUCGUCAAAAUCAUUUCGACGUGAUUUCCAGCAGAUCGUCAACGCAUUUUGGUUUAAAUACAUUCGACGACAAAAUCGAGUAACUCAAAUCAAUGCACGACCUGUUACAUUCACAAAGCAUCAUGAGACUGGUUUCCCAAAAACAACUAUUUAA